AAUUUAAAAACGAGUCGCGGUUGUUGGAGAACGGAACCAUACUAUUACUUACGGCUGCAUAACAACAAUCUCUCGGUUCUCCCAGCGAGGUCCUAUCUGCCAGUGGCGUUCGGCACAGCUGAGAUACAAUGGCCAACAUAAUCCUUGCCGAGCAGGAAAAUGCACGUCUCCAUGGACCCACACUGAAGAUGCGACCGCGACUUCAGUCUGCUCCAGAGAAACUCGUCAGGUCUUCUGUGAUUGCCAAAACCAUGAGCACUCCUCUGCCAUCUGGACGUAAAGCUUUUGGUGCGGUCAACAAAAACUUGACCCCUGCAGUCAACGCGCAAGUGCAGAAACUACUAAAGCCUCAGGAAACUAAGGUAGAAAAUGCUGCUCACUCCAAAGUGGAGGAAUAUCCAGACAUGGAACAGAUCCACUCUUAUGACCCACUGGAAUUUGAAAAGUACAGCAUACCUGAAGACGUGGUCCUUCUCAGUCGCUUUGCUCUGCCUGGACUGGCAUCUUUCCCACCAUCUCCCCAUCUGUGUGAAGAGGACCAGGAUAAGUUUGAUCCUCUCCCACAACCAUCACCUGUGAAGAUGCCAAAACGUUCAGAUUAUUACUCGGAGUUGGAGGCCUUUCUUCAAACAAUUGAUGAGCUGACUGUUGAACUCCCGCCAGAUCCUGUUACUGACUGAAGUUAACUGACUGUUAAAUGAAUGCUCGUUGCUUUACUCUUCCUUUUUAUUGAAAUAAAGUCAUUUUAUCCUUCCCA